AUGGUUUUCCUUUCUACAGGGCAGGCCACUUCUCUGAGUAAGACUGAAGACUUGCUGGAAACAGUGAAAAAGCUGCAGAAAGAGGGAAGCCUGGAACCCCAGAUUGAGGACCUGAUUCAUCGAAUUAAUGAGCUGCAGCAAGAAAAGAGGAGAUCCAGCGUGGAACUGGGAGAGGCCCAAGCACUCCAGGAAGCCAUGAAUCAGGAACUAGAUUCCUUGAAUGACGAGAAAGCUCACCUAGAGGAGGUCCUGGGCAAGAAGCAAGAGGCUCUGAUGAUUCUCCAGAAGCAUUGCCAAGAGAAGGAAAGUGAGACUCAGUGGUUGAAUGCUAACGGCCAACUGCAGGAGCAAGUGGAGGAUCUGACAAAUCAGCGCAAGGACCUCUGGGAGUUCCAUGUCCUACAGCAGCGGCUGACCCAGGAGAUCAGCACAAUGGAACACAACCAGGAUCAGCUGCUGAUGGAGAGGACUCUGCUGUGCGCCAGACUGCAGGAAGUGGAGAAGAGGCUGCAGACAGCUAGGGAGGCCCAGAACCCCCUUGGCAACUGUGGGUGAGAGGAGGACCAUGCCCAUCAGCUCGCGCCUCUGAUCUUUCGGCCUCUGUCUUGACUCUUCCUCCCUGAUGCCCUGGGCAAUUGCUCGUUUUCUUCUCUCUGCUUUUCUCAUAGGCUGGAGGAAUUGGGGGGACAGUCCCAGAGCAUCCCGGAAAGUCAGAAUGACAGGGGAGACAUAGGCACCCAGUGAACAGAAGCAGAGACUAGAGAGAAGUUGACCAAAGAGGAGCAGCAUCAGUUGGAGCCAUCAGGAGAGCUGCCAGGGACAGGGAUGCCCUGCUCAGCCAUGAGGAGCCACAAGUGCUCAUGUCCCUUUAAGACCUACCAAG